AUGAUCAUGGUUGAUCUUUACGUAUAUCUUGUAACGCUGGUGUUUGUCAUCGAAAUCUCUGCGCAUUCGGAUUCGCAAAAGGAUAUCAUUCGUUUGGAAUGCAACGAAAGAUGUAAUUUACAGAAUGAAACUGCAAAUCACGGAGGACUCUUAUGCAAUUCUGAAUGUAUAGUAAAUCAGUGUAUUAGAGGAUGUACUUUAUGGAACGAGGCACUUGGUAGUAAUUGUUCGAAAGUUUGUGACAAAUUUAAUGCAAAUUACAUAUCUCAAAGCAAAUUAUAUUGUAUUGCAGGAUGUCAUGAUGCUAUUACUUUAUACUUCCAAAGGAUCCAAUUUGAAAUUGGUCCUUUACCAUCCCCGACAUUAGUACCAGAUUCUCUAUUUGAUAAAUCUCUUAAGCUUCAAUGGAAGGGUGUAAGGAGGAAAAAUUUCAAAUAUAGAAUUCAAUGGAAAUUAGAAAAUAAUCAAGAAAAUUGGCAAUAUUGCCAAAAAGAAACAUGGAAUAAUGACUCUAUUAUCCAAUUGGAGAAUCUCCGGCCUUAUACAAAUUAUCAAUUUCGUGUGGUAUUACUGUUACCAUGGGCUGGAGUAAUGCAGUUGGUGGUUUCUGAAUCAAGCGUGGUUAUCAGUACACAUCCCAGCAAAGUACCACCUUCAAUGACACCAGAAAUUGUGAGAACAAUUCCUGCAGAUUCUAGUAUAUCAAUUACAUGGGCAGCUAUUCCCUUUCCUUUAGCCCCAAUCCUAUCCUAUCACUUGACCAUCCAAGAGCCUACAAAAGAGUACACCAUCUUCAAGGAAAUAUUGACUGGUAAAGAAAAUGAAACGGAAAAUUUUUAUAUGUUCCGUAAUUUGGAAUCUGCAAAAAAUUAUUCCAUUUCACUUGCUGCUAGAAAUGAAUAUGGUGUAGGACCAAUGGCCAAUGUCUUUGUCAAAACCCUCCCCACAUCAACGAUAAAAUAUACUCCUGAACCUGUACACUUAUUCCUUGUAUCAGAUCAUAAUAUAUUUGUUAAAACAAAAGAAAUGAUGGAUACACCUAUUAGUGUUUAUUUCACAAAUCAAACAAUCAAUGAUAUAUCAAUUAAUGUGCGAACAAAUACUAUAUAUAUAUUGGAGUCUUCAAGUUCUUUAUUGUCAUUUUCAAAUAACAAGAUAAACAUUUUGUUAACAACUGAAAGAGAAAUAUUAAUGCAAAUUAGUCUUGAUUGGCUUAAUAAUAUCAUUUACAUUUUUAUGUCAUCAAUAACAAACGGAAAUACCAUAGUGUAUAGUAUAAAUAAAUUUUAUUUAGACCAGGAUAAAACAGAAAAAAUAGUUUCUGGGUUUGAUUCUAAACCACUCCAAAUAGAAGUGGAUCCUUGCAAUGGAUUUUUAUUUUGGACUACAAAAUUUGGUUUAUAUCGUUUGGACUUGAAAACUGAAGUAAUGUCAAGAAUAAUUUAUCACAAAGAUAUUGGUCCAUUUGUGAUUGAUUAUAUGAAUUUUUGUUUGUUGGUAUUAUUCCAAAAGAAUAACACAAUCAUGUCUGUUUCUUUUGAUGGUCAAGAUUUAACAGAUAUUAGAAAUAACACAAUAACAGCCUUAUUUGAUGAUGCAAUAACUCUGUCAUAUGUGAAUGGAUCAUUUUAUUGGUCAAAUGGUUCAGAAUUGAUGGGAGAAGAUUAUUUUAUUAAUGAACAAAAAUACUAUCAAAACAUAUAUCCGGCUAUGCCUUUUUCGUACAAAUUAAUACUAUCUAAUUUUACUGAUCAACAACCUAUACCAUUCCCAAGAAAUCCACCACAGUCUUUACAAGCAAUCGCUACAUCUAGUAAAAUGAAAGCUACCUGGCAGGCUCCACAUUUAUUAGGCGGACAGGGACGUAGUUCAUGGCAAGGAUGGUCUUAUUUGUUCUCAAUAAAAUUUGAAAAUGAAACAAAUUGGAAACAAAUUGAUACUAAUAAAACAGAAAUCCUAAUAGAUUCUUUGACAGCUAGAACAAGUUAUGUCAUAAGAGUAGCAGCAUAUUCUUCUUCAGGACAAGGACCUUGGUCUUCGGAGUUUGUAGUUAAAACGUUAAAUCAUAAUGUAUCUGUACUUUGGGGAAAUGCACAACAAAUUUUGAUAUCUGAUAUCAUGGGUGAUUUUAUAGAAUCAAUUUCAAUUAAUGAAGAUGAAACCAGUAUUAAAAAUUCUUCAUUAGACGAUGUGGCUUGGUAUGAAGAUUGUGUUUUCUAUGUGGUUAAUUCAAGUAAAAUAAAUUGGCUGAAUUUAACGAGUCGUCAAGGAAGUACAUUAGAAGAUAUUAAUAGUGUUCAAAGUAUUGCAAUUGACUGGUUGGGUCGGAAAAUAUAUUGGGCAGAUCCAUCAAAACAAUCAAUACUUAGAGAAAAUUUAUUUGGAGGUCAAAGAGAGUUACUUUUAGCAUCUAAUAUUGCUAAAGAAUUGAAAGUAGAAUCUGUUGGUGGUUACUUGUAUUGGUCAACCGGGUUUGCAGUGAAAUCCUCAAAACUCAAUGGAAAAGAACAGCACAAUUAUUAUAACACCGAUUACUUUUCUGGAAAAAAGGUUAUGAGUUUAGCUGUGGAUUCUGUUGGUAGCUGGGUGUAUUGGAUACUUCGGGAAAAUGACAAAUCAAAAUUAUUCCGUGCACCAACUGCUGAGAAGCUGAAUGAUUUAAAUAAUCUAAAUCCUAUUAAAGAAUUUGAUAACUCGUGUACUGAAGGACCUUUAUUCUAUGUAGACCAUCAUUUGCUGUGGCUUCAAAAAGGUAAUGACAUAAUGAUGAGUGAUACAGAUGGCCAAUAUCCAGCAAUCAUAAGAGCUAUGAAUUUAUAUGGAAUUCAGACAUUUAGUGUGCGUGACCAAUACGCUCAUCCAAAACCAAAAGGUUUAGAGACAAAUGUUAUUCCAGAAGAAGUGGACAUUAAAAUGAUAAAAGUUAAUCAUAGAAAUAAUGAAAGUGUGUAUGAAAUUAUCUGGGAGCCUGUGAAAACUGUUAACCAUGGAUUAGUUUCUUAUACUGUUAAAGUUUUGGAAAAGGAAGACAGUAAAGUCGAUUCUUUAUUUGAAACACCGAAUACCAAAGUAUUAGUUGAUAGUACACCUUUAGAAAUCAGUAUCAAAGCUUCUACAGUUUGGGGUUCGUCACAAGUAGUAACAGUAUAUUCUCCAAUUCCUACUGUACCAACAGAUAUACGUAUUUUCGCAAACUUCAGUGAUGACAAUUAUACAAUGAAUAUCAUACUUCAACAUUCUAUAAUUCAAAAUAUUACAAACUAUGAAGUUAAAUGUUAUUACCAAGUAACAAAUUACUGGAAAAUGUGUUCAAAACAAGCUAUUGUGUCACCUAACACUCAAACAAAAUGGAUAGGACUUUCUAUUUAUUCAGAUUUAUUGUUUAAAAUAAGGGCUUGUUCUAUGGCUGGAUGUAGUGGAUGGAGUCAAGACAUAAUAUAUAAUCAAACCUACAACUAUGCAAUUUUUAAAUUUAAAACUGCUAUAGUGAGUGGUUCCAAAAUAUUGAUUUUCCAUUCAAAUAAACAAAAUAAUCAACAAAUAAUGUUACUCACAAAUAGUUUGGUAACUAGUUUUACUCUAAACGAUAUGGAAGAUAUUGCAUUUUGGACUGAUAGUAAAACUAUAUACAGUUCACCAAUUAAUAAAUCAAUUAAUAAUAAAAUUUAUUCAAUUUCUGAAGUUAAUAUGAAAAUUGAAAAUCUUUCAUUUGAUUGGAUAUCAAAAACACUCUUUUGGUGUGAAGUUACUGAAAAUCGAUCAAAAAUUAUGGCCUUUGAUAUUAGGGUAAAAACAGUUCAAAUAGUGAUGACAAGAUCCAAUAAAAUAUUUCCGUUUUCAGCUGUUCUUUCUGAAGGUUUAUUUAUUUGGAUUGAACAAAUUCCUGAUUCCAAUGAAAAACAUAUAUUAAAAAGUAACAUGAGUGGCACAGAUGUUGAAACUUUUGUAUAUUCUAGCAAUAGUAAUUGCAAUUGUUCUGAUUUGUACCCAUUUGAUAAUGUAUUAACAUCUUACAUAUCAAAUAGUGGUAAAAUGAGACUUCUGUGGGUUGAAGGCAAACAUAGAAAUAUUAUUGUUUCUGAUAUCAAUGGUUGUAAAUGUUCAGUUAUAUUUAAUGUAAAUUCAACUUUUAAUUUAACGUCACUGGCAGUUGAUAAACACAAUAUUUACUGGACAACAAACCAAUCAAUGUGUUCAAUAAGAAUCAAAGAGUUAAAUGAUAAACCCACUAUAGAACAUAAUGCAUCAUUACAUUGUUUAAAUAAUAUAACAGCUGUAUAUACGAUUGAUGGAUUAUCCGAAUCAAUUAAAAGACCGUGUCCUCCUGGAUUUCCUCAAGUUAACCAGACAUUACCAUCUGUUUACAUAGUGUAUUGGGAUCCAUCUGAAUCGCGUGUUAAAAGUUAUUCAUUAGAAAGAAUAAUUAUUAGUGAAAUGAGAAAUAAAAGAAGUUUGAAUUUAAAUACAAGUAAUUGGACAACCGUGUACAGUGGACCUCAAAAUCAUUGGUUCAUGUCUGAUGUGAAACGUGAUGCAGUAUUUAAGUUCCGUGUUAAGGCAGAGAAUCAUCAUGGUUGGUGGAGCGAUUAUAGAACUUCAGAUGAACCCUUCAAUCCUCAAUACCAAGUGGAAACUUUAAAAAAUGAAGAUGUUCCUUGGAAAAUAUUACUUACAGGAUUUAUUUUGAUUUGUCUUUUCUUGACAAUGUUAAUUAAGUAUUUAGGUUCAAAUACUUCCAAAGGACCUAUGCGACCGGAUGUAGAAUUAGGGAGACUCAGAGAGAUGCCACAGCGACCAACUUUUUUUCAUGCUGUAAAUGUGGGUUACCAAGGGGCUGUGUUAUUUCAAAAAAAAAAAAAAAAUGAAUUGCCUAGCAUCAAGCGCGAACAAAUUACACUUACAAAACGAUUGGGGUCUGGAGCUUUUGGAGAAGUUUUUGAAGGAAAAAUUAAAGAUAUAGUGAGGGGAGAAUGUGAAACACGCGUUGCGAUUAAAUCGUUAAAAGAAGGUGCUAGUCACUGUGAAGUAGAGGAAUUUUUAAAAGAAGCAAAAUUAAUGAAUAAUUUCAAUCAUAAGCAUAUUUUACAAUUGAUUGGAGUAUGUUUAGAUAAUGACCCCAAUUUUAUUAUUAUGGAACUUAUGGAAGAAGGUGAUUUACUGAGUUAUUUAAGGAAAAACAGACAAACUAAUGUAUUGAAUCUUAGUGAUUAUGGACAAAUGUGCAUAGAUGUAGCUGAAGGAUGCUCAUAUUUAGAGCAAAUGCAUUUCAUACAUCGCGAUUUAGCUUGUCGAAAUUGUUUGGUAUCAUCUUCUGACCCUAAAGAGCGAAUUAUAAAAAUUGGCGAUUUUGGACUAGCGAGAAAUAUUUAUACACACGAUUAUUAUCGGAAAGAAGGAGAAGCUUUGCUGCCUGUUCGAUGGAUGUCACCAGAAUCACUAGUGGAUGGUGUUUUUACUAGUCAAUCUGAUGUUUGGGCUUUUGGUGUUCUCCUAUGGGAAAUAAUGUCUGUAGGACAGCAGCCCUAUCCAGGACUGUCCAAUAUAAAUGUCAUGUAUCACGUCCAGCAUGGUGGAAGGCUUGAAAAACCAAUCAAUUGUCCAAGAACUUUAUAUAAUUUGAUGCAAAAAUGUUGGCAUGUUGAUCCAGAGAAACGACCAAGGUUUGAAUACUGCUUAAAAGUAUUAAAAUCAUAUAUGGCUAUGCCCCUGGACUACGUAAAUAUUCCCCAUGAUUCACAACCGAACAAUGUAUCUGAGAAAUACACAAUAGACUUAACCUGUAUCAAUUCACAACAGAAAUCAAAUAAUCAUGAUGGAUAUGAAGUACCUAUUAAAAUAGUUAAUAACGAAUACCUAGAACUGUUUAAUGAUAAAUGCGAGUACCUAGAUUUAUCAACACCUACAGUUAAUAUAGUUGAUAAUAGAGAUUCAGAACCAGAAUCAAUUCCGGAAGAUAAUUUGUAUUGUAACAUGAAUCCAGAACUUAUAGGAUGA